AUGUCGACCGGAAAAGCGCCGGAGAAGUCCAAUUUUUCCCGGAGAUGUAGUUUGCUCAGCCGGUACUUGAAGGAGAAGGGGAGUUUCGGGAAUAUAGAUAUUGGCUUGGUUCGUAAAUCCGAUCUUGAACUCGCCGCGAAAACCGAUCUCAGAGGUCAACAAAAUGUGAUAAAGAUGGCAGAAACCUCGAAAACCAGACCCAUGGAGUAUUUUCAGAAGCUUUCCGUUGGUGAAGCCUCUACUUCUUCCGGAGGCAAAGCCAGAGAUGCCAAUCUUAGUGAAUCGGCAAGCGUGGUACCGGAGCCUGGAAACUCUCAGUUGACCAUAUUCUUCGGCGGAAAAGUUGUAGUUUACAACGAGUUUCCUGAAGACAAAGCCAAGGAGAUAAUGGAAGCAGCCAAAGAAGCGAAUCCAGUUGCUGUUGAUCCGAAGAACAUGAACAACAGCAACAAAAGCAGCGUGGAGAUUCCUGAUCUGAACGAGCCAACGAGUUCUGGGAACAACGAUGAUCAUCACGAAACGAAACAGCAACAUCAAGUCGUGGAACGCAUUGCAAGAAGAGCCUCUCUUCAUCGGUUCUUUGCUAAACGAAAAGACAGGGCUGUGGCUAGAGCUCCAUAUCAAGUGAACCAAACCGGUAGCCAUCUUCCUCCCAAGCCACAGAUGGUCGGUCCAUCGGUAGAACCAGGACAAUCCUCGCGACAGCCUGCGUCUCCUCCUCCAAAAUCAAAGACACAUAACGACGAUAUGUCGAUGGAAGUUGACGAAGAACAAGGACAACGUUCAAAAGAUCUCGAACUCAAGCUUUAG